AUGUCGACCAACAGGAUCAACUCAAACACUGGCGCCGCCGCCGCCGCCUCAAACUCGACCCCUUCCAUGGCCAUCCCUAGCACCUCGUCGUCCACCCAGGCGUCUGUAUCUGCGCCCUACACCAGUCACGGCCACCAACAUCACCACCACCAUCAGCAGCAGCAGCAGCAGCAGCAGUACCACCAUCAGUCCCAGCACCGCGCCACGUCGUCGUCCAUAUCGCCCUCGAUCAACCCGCAGUACUCGCUCGAGCCCUCGCCUCGGUCCUCGCGACCAGCUCCGCCCGGUCCGCCGUCCCAGGAGCGCCCCUCGAAGCGCUCGCGCGUGCGCCAGGCGUGCAACCGCUGCAAGGCACGCAAGAUCAAGUGCGGCGACCUCCGACCCUGCGAAAACUGCACCUCGCUCGGCCUCGUCUGCAAGGACUGGAGACCCGGAGAGGACGCACAGCACAUCUCGCCCUCGAAUGCCUCCACGUCGGCGGCGUCGGCAUCGGCGGCCACCGGCCUGCACGGCUACCACAGCGGCAGCGACCACGAGCCAUCCGUCUCGUCCCACCGCUACCCGCCCGACCUGCACAGCCGCGCCGGCCUCCAGUACCGCGCAACACCCACGACACCAGGCCCACCAGCAGCAGCAGCAGCAGCAACCACCGGACACCCCUCUUCCUCGUCGUCGUCGUCUUCGGCGGCCUUUGCCACGCCCGUCUCCGAUCCCCGCUCCUCGGUCCACUUCCGCACGCAGGGCGGUGCCGCCGGUGGCCCUUCUCAGUUCCGCAGCAGCGAGAGCUCCGAGCCGCCAGCCUCGACCAUGUGGCCCAACACGCCCUACGAGCGUUCCACCCACUCCGUCGCCUGGCCGCCGCGGCCGGACCUGCGCCGCCACCGCUACCUCGCCUACCCCUUUGACUCGCUCUACCGCAACGAGUUUGGGCACCUCAAGGCCCUCUCGCUCUCGUCCGGUCUCGGCACCCUCUCCUAUCUCCACGAGUACCACAAGCUCGCAAACGAGCAGUUUCUCGACGCGCUGUGGCAGGUGCUCGAGGGGGACGCCCACGAUACGGGCAACACGCAGAUGUUUGCCCUCGAGAGCGAGAUCUUUUCUCCGCACGCUCUCGCCAGCCUCGGCCAGAUGACUGACGUCGCCGGCGGCAUCGCCCACCCGCCCCUGGGCGCCACGGGCCAGCAGGGCCUGGUGGACUACGACUGGUCCCUAGGCGGCCUCGGCCUCGGCGGCGGCGGCGGUACCGGCAGCGGGCUGGGCUCGAUCAAUGUGCCACACACCUACAACAGCAGCCUCGCCAUGGCGCCGCAGCCCAACAUGGAGGGCAUCACCACCCGCGCGCCCAGCAGCGCCAGCGUCAGGCUCACAGUCUCGCCCGCCGCCAAGCCCGAGUCGAGGGCGAGCACCACUUCGCCGCAUCCGCAGGAGACGGCCGCUGCGACAUUGACCUCGACCUCGGCAUCGACCUUUGCGCGCCCACAGGGCGUGUCGGCCGGCGGAAACAGGACUAGCAGGGAUGCCAAGCCGGCGCAGGACACGCCGUCCCGCUCUGAGGCCGCAGAGGAUGCCAAACCGACGCUGACAUCGCCGUCGCAGCCAGCACUGGCCGACCCCGAGACGGCGCCGACGGAUAUGUGGGCCUAUAUGGAUUCCAAGAUCCCUCCACAGCAUCGCCGCUUUCUCGUCCACACCUUUCUCUCCACCACCUACGUCCUCUGGCCCACUUUCCUCCUGUCCGAGUUCCUCGAGACGCUCAAGGACGCCGAGCAGCGCAAGAACCCGACAUUUGUCUGCCUGGUCAUUGCCUGCUGCGCGAUCGCGGCACGGGAAGAGGCCGGCAGCAUCAAGGGCGGCGCCGCGGCAGAGUGGGGCUCGUCCUUUGGCUUCUUUGAGCUGUACCUCGACGUGCGCAGAUAUGCGCCGAGGAGCACCGACUGGGCGUCCCUCAACCACAUUCAGGCGCUCUUCUACCUCUCGCACUACUGUUUUGGUGCCUCGGGCCCGUAUGGUGUGCAUCGCGCGCAUUACCUGAUGAACGGAUGCGUGUCCAAGUGCUUUGACGUGGGCCUCCAUCGCUCCGCCGAGACGUACACGGACGCCUUCACCGCCUCUGAAAUAGAGGCGCGUCGGCGCACGCUGUGGGCCGUCUACUGCGGCGACAAGGUGUCGGCCGCCUAUGGCCGGCCGGUGCUGCUGCGGCUGUCGGACAUUGACGUCGCCGAGAUCGACACCGAUUCGCCCGCCUACGACGAGCGGCUGCCCGCCAGCAACAGCUUUGACCAGGCGUACAGCAUGCGCCCCUACCACCGCGCCGCCAUCCGCCUGUUUUGCGUCCUGGAGCGCGUCAUUGACAAGAUCAACCUGCCCGCCUGCAGCUCCUCGGCCGCCCUCGAGAGGCUGAUGCGCAAGAAGCCAAAGCGCCCGCGCCAGUCUGCCAACCACGACGACAGCUGCAUGGCCGACCACGAGCCCAUCGGCUUCUCCGAGGAGCUCGAACUCGUCGACAUGUUCCAGACGGCCGACACGCCCACGCCGACGACGACGCAUCAGGACGAUCCCAUGUUCCAUGCGCACAUCGAGCGGCUGCGCACGACGGCGGCGUUCAUCAAGAUCUUCAUCUACCGCCACCUCUUCUGCAUGGCCAAUACAAACCUGUCGCGCGAACCGCCGCGGCUCGACUACCGCGACGAGAUGGUCAAGUGGUGCCGGGAGCUCCUCCUCUCCCAGCGCAAGAUGAUCCGGCGCGGAGAGUAUACCGAUUUUGGAUCGGUCAUGUCCUAUCAGCUAUCCCAGACCGGUCGCGGCCUGAUUCCGGCCAUUUACAUUUCGUCGCGCCUCAUCGACCCGUCGCAGGACCCCAACGGCGCGACAAUCAUCAAGGAGUCCAAGGAGCUGCUGGUGCUGGCGUACGACCUGCUGCGCACGCUCUCCUCGCGCUUUUCCGCGUCGCACCGGCAGCUGCAGAUCAUGCAGCAGGCGUUCAAGCGGCUGGAUCUGAGCCUCAAGCGGCGGCAUCACCACCACCCUCACCAUCACCACCACCACGGACACGCAGGCAGCGGCGCUGCGGGGUCCGGUACGGCGCAUCACCAUCAUUCGUCGCACGUCGGCGGCGGCGGAGAUGGCGCCGUCGGGGCCACGACGGCCGAGGGCGGAGGUGGCCGGGUACCGAGGAUGGCCGCAGCGGCGGCGGCGGCAACGGCCACGUCGCCGGCGGCAUUGGCAUUGGCGUUGGCGGCGGGGGUGGGGUUGGGGUUGGGAUGUUGGGUGGAUCGUCGUCGUCGACGGCGACGAGCGGGCUGGACCUCAUCGCCGGUGUGGCUGGUGCCGACGGGCUCGGGUUCGAGGGCGAGGCGACGAGCAACGAGGAGCUGGAUGAGAUUGAAGAGGGCGACGAGAUCGAGGAGGAGGACGACGAGGGCGGACGCGACAAGAAGCCCGGCUGGAUCUCGGACCUACCCAUCAACGCGCCCGUCGAAAAGGGGGCACCGCAUACCGUCAACGCCUACAUUGGCUGGCCGAACAACCCCACUACUACCACCUCGUCGUCCAGUACCAGUGGCGGUGGCGCGGGUGCAGCUACGGUCGAAUCCACCACGAGCGGUACCGCUACCGCCACCGCCGCCACUGGGGGGACGGGGGCAGCCGGAGCCGGAGCGGGAGCCACAACGGGGACGGGGACGGGCACGAACUCGAUGGGCGCUCCCUGAUCCUUCGUUCUCGAUCCUGACCCCCCAUUCUCCCACUGCAUCGCCGGCGACGAUCCUCGGGACGCAAGGCAAGGCAAGGCAAGACGAGGCCAGGCCAGGACAGGCAGGGCAGGGCAGGGCGACGCAACGCAACGCAAGGCAUCGGCACCAUCCCGGUCCGAUCGAGCAAGACAUCCAUGUCCAUUGGCGACCAACCAAGUCUCUAUGA